AUGCAAUUAAAUUUUUUGUUUUUUUCUCUGUUUUUCUCUUGUCUAUGCUUCAAUGCCUUCGUCCGUGGGGCCCCACACACCCGCCCGCCAAAGGGUGGAGGCGCAGCAGCAGCAGCAGCAGCAGCAGCAGCAGAGGCAGGAUUCUCUCCGGAGUUGCUGUCUCAGCUGCUGCAGUCUCUAACAGGAGAUAACAGUGGUGAAGGCUCUGCUAGCAUGCGAGCAAUGCUGAAGGGUCUUGCUGCUGAGCUGGGGUCCUCUGGGGGCCCUUCCUCUUUAAAAGACAGCCCUUUAGGGGGUUUAUUUCCUGAGGGCUUACCGUCUCUGCAGGAGAUGCUGGGGGCCUUUAAGGAGGCCCCUUUGGGUGCUGCAGCCGCUGCAGGUGGCUCUAAGGGGACCCCUAAGGGGGCCCCUAAGGGGGGGUCACGUAAGAAGGGGGCCCCAAAGGAGGGGGCCCCUGGGGGCCCCUCUCUUCUGGAGGGUUUAGAGGGCCUAAUGCGUCUCCCUGGUUUGCAGUCAGCAGCGGAGAAGAUAAUAAAAGACAGCGGGGUAGACGGUGGUUUGUUAGAGUCGUUGCGCUUGCUGCAGCAACUGCAGCAGCAGCAGCACCAGCAAGGAGGAGAGGUAGAUAUAGGAGAGUUGCUGUCUGUUUUUAAAACGCUAUCUAAGACUUUAGAAUCGAAGGGCAUGCAUGCAGAUGAAUUAAUGCAGGGGUUUAUAGGAGACCCUAAGCUGUCUCCGCCUCCUUUAAAGAUACCCGAGGCUUUAGAGCGUCUAUACAAACGCAACAAAGCUGCUCCUGCAGCAGCAGCAGCAGCAGCAGGAGCAGCAGGAGCAGCAGGAGCAGCAGGGGAGACACAAGAAGGGGGGCCCCCUCCUGUGUCUUUAUCUCAAGUGCGAGGGUUUAUAGAAGCUUCUCCUGACGCUCUCAAGGAGGUCUCUGGGGGCCCUACUUGUUCUAUUUUAGUUUUGUUAGGGGGCCUCGCGAAGGCCCCUCUGCAUGCAGGGAUAAUAAUGGGGCUGGCUGAACAAUAUGCAGCAAGAAAGGAGACACUUCGGUGGCAUGUUGUUGCAGGGUCGCAUCAUGCUGCCCUCUCUGCUGCUGCUAGUCUUGGGUUUGCCCCCGGACAAGGAGGAGAGUUAGACUUGGCCAGAUUUCUGUGGGAUGUUUGGGGGGGCGUUGAGCUAAGCAAUUUUUUUAAGUGUGAUAAAGGGAUUAAGAGUUUAUUAAACAUAUCUACAAUUGUCUCCUGGCUUGCUGCAGCAGAAGAGACAGUAAAGAGGCGUGGGGUGUCUCCUCUGGGAUCCGAUCCCAGCGUAUUAGGCCUCGCACAUAAGUGCGGUACAAAUCCUGCUGAAGAGACAGUAAAUAAACUUCUAAAAGCAAUCCCUAAACCCAUACCCCCUGCUGCUGCUGAUGCUGCUGAUGCUGCUGCUGCUAGAGGGCGUGCAGCAGUUAUAGCAGCAGCAAAGGUAGGCGGGGGAGACACAGCAUUUGUGUUUAGAGACAUCGGCCGAGGAGACACUUGUUUGCUGCUGGGCCCUCCUCCUUUAUCUUCAUACACCCACUGCAAGAGAGACAAAGAAGAAGAAGAAGAAGAGAGACAGUUUGUUUCUUCUAAGGGGCCCCUAAGCGAGCGAGAUUUGAUUAUAAGGGCCCUCUUAGCUACAAGUGCAACCCCAGGGAUGUCUCUUCCUGUGCAGGUGUGGGGCCCCCAAGGGGGCCCGAAGCUGCAGCAGCAAGGGGCCUUUAUGGACGGGCGUUUUGCUGCUAUUCGCGGUGUCUCUGCUGCUGUUGAAGCCUGCAAGCCUCUGCUGCAGCAGCAAGGAGUUGAUGAAGCAGCAGCCCUUAAAGGGAAGGGGAUUAUCUUAGAUUUUGUGGGUACAGCACCUGUUGAUGAUACAGAGUUAGAGCAGCAGCUGCAUGCAGUUGCUGCACAUUUGGGGCUGCUAGGGGGCCCCCCAUUCUUAAAGAGACAGCAGCAAUCUUCUUCUUCUUCUUCUUCAGUGCCUGCAUCUGAGUCUGUCUUAACUAAUAGACAGAUAAUAUCUUAUAUAAAGAGGGCCUACCCUAUGGUUACUGUGCGUCACACACUCUUCCCUGAGGCCCCUCUAACUCUUUUAAAUGAUUAUGCUGACUAUCGCUCAACUGCUGCUCUGCUGCACAUAGGCAGACGGAUUGGCUGGGCUGCGGAGACAGCUCAAAAUAUUUAA